CUCAUUUUCAUUAAGUAGAUUUUGGUAUCUACUUCAAAGUUCUCGUAGAGAAUUGUAGCGUUGGGAAACGCUUGUGCGAAAUUUCAUAUUGAGUUCUCGGACUCAAAAUUCAUUUGUAUUUCGUUGGUGUCUCCCACCUACGUCUCUUGCCUUUUCUCUUUGAUUAACCAAUUCAUUGGUUAAUAAGUAUACCAUGUCGAUGGAACUCCUCUAAUUUUGAUUGAUUUGUUUGAUCAUUUUCUUUUUCCAAACAAAAGAAGGGUAAUAAACCAAUCUUUAAAUAAAUAAAAAAAGAUGGGGAGCAACAUUGAGCAAAGCCAAGAUGAUGUUCCUCAUGAGAAAAAUCUUAAGGGAAAGACAGUUGCUAGCCAGAAAUUAAAGCGACACGACUCCUUAGAUUUGGAAUCCAGCAAAAUGCCCGGUGCCAAGCAGGUACUGGGAUGGUCAGUGAUAAUGAAACUGGCAUUUCAGAGCUUAGGGGUGGUGUACGGAGAUAUUGGAACGUCACCAUUGUACGUGUUUUCGACCAUUUUCCUUGAUGGUAUAAAACAUGAAGAGGAUAUACUUGGCGCUCUUUCUCUCAUCAUUUACACUAUCACUUUGAUUCCUGUCGUCAAGUAUGUCUUCAUUGUUCUCCAAGCUAAUGACAACGGAGAUGGAGGUACAUUUGCGUUAUAUUCAUUGAUAUGCCGAUAUACUAAGGUGGGAUUAAUUCCAAGUACACAGGCAGAAGACAAAGAUGUGUCGACUUUUAAACUUGAUAUGCCAGAUAGACGUACACGUCGAGCUUCAAAGCUUAAGUCAACGCUAGAAAACAGCAACUUUGGAAAGUUCUUUUUGUUAUUAGCCACAAUGCUUGGUACUUCCAUGGUUAUUGGAGAUGGUGUCCUCACGCCCUGUAUUUCAGUUUUGUCUGCUGUUGGAGGAGUCAAAGCAGCUGCACCCUCAGUCAUGACUGAAGAUAGAAUCGUGUGGCUUUCAGUAGCCAUCUUGAUAUUGCUGUUCGUGUUUCAAAGAUUUGGAACUGAAAAAGUUGGCUACACAUUUGCACCUAUACUUUGCAUCUGGUUUGUUUUGAUUGCUGGCAUUGGCAUCUACAACUUCGUGACCAUUGAUAUAACUAUAUUCCGAGCUCUUAAUCCUAUGUACAUCGUCGCCUAUUUUCAAAGGAACGGAAAGGAUGCUUGGGUUUCCCUUGGCGGGGUUGUUAUGUGCAUAACAGGAGCUGAGGCACUAUUUGCAGACGUUGGUCAUUUUACUGUUAGAUCUGUACAAAUAAGCAUGUGCUGUGUAACAUACCCGGCGCUCAUAUUAGCAUAUCUUGGUCAAGGCGCCUUUUUAACAAAGCACAGUGAUGAAGUUGCUGAUACUUUCUACAAGUCCUUACCUAAGAGUAUAUAUUGGCCAAUGUUUGGGGUAGCUGUAUUGGCAGCCAUCAUUGCAAGUCAAGCCUUGAUUUCUGGGACUUUCGCUAUAAUCCAACAAUCCCUUGCAUUAGGUUGUUUUCCUCGUGUUAAAAUUGUGCACACAUCAAAAAAGCAUCAUGGUCAAGUCUACAUUCCUGAAAUCAAUACCCUUCUCAUGUUGGCUUGUGUUCUUGUCACUCUUGCGUUCAGGACCACUGAAAAGCUUAGCAAUGCAUAUGGAAUAGCGGUGGUGUUUGUGAUGGUUGUAACAUCAUGCUUCCUCGUACUAGUCAUGAUUUUGAUAUGGAAAACUCACAUUCUUCUUAUAAUCGCCUACGUUCUAGUCAUUGGUUCGGUUGAGCUUGUAUACCUAAGUGCAGUCCUGUACAAGUUUGAUCAAGGUGGUUACCUUCCACUGGCUUUUGCUAUGUUCCUAUUGUUUAUCAUGUACGUAUGGAACUAUGUGUACCGAAAGAAAUACCACUUCGAGCUAGAAAACAAGAUCUCUCCUGAAAAAGUUAAAGAAACGGUCGAUGAGACAAAUUCACAUCAUCGUCUUCCUGGACUUGCAAUUUUCUAUUCUGAGCUUGUACAUGGAAUUCCACCAAUUUUCAAACAUUAUGUGGAGAAUGUGCCAGCUUUACACUCUGUCCUUGUCUUUGCUUCGGUCAAAUCGCUUCCCAUAAGCAAAGUGCCAUUAGAAGAAAGGUUCCUCUUCCGCAGGGUGAAGCCAUAUGAUCUCUACGUGUUUCGUUGUGUGGUACGUUAUGGAUACACUGAUAUACGCAACGAGGAAGAGCCCAUUGAAAAAUUACUAGUAGAGAGGCUAAAGCACUUUAUCAAGGAAGAUUACAUGUUCUCAAUCGCAGCAAAUGGUGAUAACCAAGAGGAUGCUGCUUCAUUAAUUGAGAGAGACGUAGAAAUGCUUGAGAAAGCUUCUAGUGUUGGGGUGGUUCAUUUGGUAGGAGAACAAGAUGUGAUAGCAAGCAAAGGGUCUGGUUUAGCAAAAAGAGUGGUGAUCGAUUACGCCUACAAUUUCCUCAAGAGUAACUUAAGGCAGAGUAACAAAUUAUUUGAUAUCCCUACCAAGCGCAUGUUAAAAGUUGGAAUGACAUGUGAGCUUUAGGAUGUUUUUUUUGUUUUGCUGAAAAAGUAACUGAUUUUACUCAUCAGCCUAAAAUAAAUGUGCAAUCAGUUGAAGGCAACAAGGAGAGGCACCCUACAUGUUCAACUUAUAUCCGUCAGAUGGUGCUUGUUUGUGUCUUAGUUUUACUUUUUUUUUCUUUUUGGAGUGUUUGGAUUUGGUAUGGGAUAUUAUUAUUGAAAUUUUGUAAGAGAAUAAUUGUUUUGUUUUGUAUUA